CUACGGGCUCAGACGGUGUGGCCGAACCCACGGGGCAACCAAGAAAGCGGCCGAGAGUAGAGACAGACGCGUUGGAUGCCUGGUCAAACCCUGACGUCCCAGCUAGGCAGCACCGAGUCCCGGGGCCGACAUCCUGGCGCAGUGGGUCCGUCAGCCGGACAAUGCUCGAACGUUCCGCCGGACCAACCCGUUUCCGCUCCUCGGCCGAGUCAGCUCAGUGGCACUUCCGUCCAGCCUCUAGACAAUGCUGACACUACGCACCCGAUCGAGGGGUUUUCGGAAUUGAUACGUUACACCGUUUUGAGCACCUACUCGAGCGAACGUCUGGUCGAGAAGAUUCAACAUAUUAACGGCAAUAUCAGGUUUGAGCAUCGGUCAGACUGGUAUCGAACGAGUUGGAUAGGAGGGCUCUUCCGCAUCGCCAUGACUAAGAAGACGGCAGAGGAGAAUGCUGCCAUUUCAGAGACCUUCUUCAGAGAUUGCGAGUCAUCUUGAGAGUCUUUUUGCAAACCGGGGUCUCCUCGUCUCCAUGCACCGUAAAGAUGUUGGCGGUAUUACCCCGGUCACCAAGGACGUGGAGAUUCACUGGGAAAAGGAUUUGUCUCUGCUCGAGCUCUCAAAAAGCUCCUAUUUCCAAAGUAGCAGCUUGUAUCGUUGUUUCUACACGUUAUCUAAGCCCUAAACACC